UCCACACUCUUCUCUCCCUCCUCCGCCCCCGCGUAUAUCUCCCAUCUCAGACUGGGACUAUCCGACAUCCCCAUUUUCACCCCUUGCCUCCUUUCACUCCCUCAUUCCUGUCCUGAGGAGCUAAACAUAUCUCUGCCUCCUGUCAGCGCACACUGCGUCAGGGGAGGGGAGAGGAUAUGAGCUUGCUGUUGGUUUUUUUUUGGAGCUAGUUUUAAGGGCCACUUCCUGGCUGCAUCCUGGAGUUGUCCGUGUGGGUUAGCAAGGAGCUGGCUCCUUCUGUCCAUCCUACCUUCAUCGCUGUCCUUGGUCACUGUAUGGAAACCUCCAGAGGCUUGUGUUGGCAACGGAGUUUCCCUUGGCUUUGCUGCAGCCGGAUCAGGGCCUCAGCUAGGCCGGGUUGCCGUGAGAGUCUGGUGAUGUCCCUGUGGUGAGUUACGGAGGGAGAAAUCGAAUGAACAGGUGACGAUGGGGUCCAAACCCGAGAGCUACGUCAAAGAGUUCACCCGCCAUUCCACCGACAUGAUGCUGAACCUGAACGAGAUGAGGAAGCGGGAGAUCCUCACCGACGUGAAGGUCCUGGUGGACGGAGAAGAGUUCAAGGCUCACAAAGCUGUGCUCAUUGCUUGUAGUGGCUUCUUCUACUCGAUAUUUUCAGACCAGACCAAGAGGAAUGUGAGCCUGCUGACCCUGCCGUGCGGGGUCACUGCCAGUGGUUUCCGCCUCCUGCUGGAGUUCAUGUACACCUCCUGCCUGCCCCUGGACGUGCGCUCCGUCACCGAAGUCCUGAUGGCAGCCAGCUACUUACAGAUGGACCACGUGGCUGAGACCUGCCGGAGUUUUGCCUGCUUCAGUGUUCCUCAGCUACACACCUACCUGAAGUCUCUGGACUAUCCACUGGCCUACUCCAGGGGGAGUGAGGACUCUGGCCGCCCCUUCAUCCCCUCCAGGGCCCUCCUCCCCACCCGCGCUCCCCACCUGCUGGUGGCGGGAGGCCCAGGCUACCUCUCCGAAUCCGCCUUCCGAUUCCCGGAGAGACGGGUCGCUCUGCGUGGGCCGCGGCUGGAUCCUGUGGGAGAGUUCGGCGGCCGGAGGUGUGGCAGCUGGGCCGGGGGUAGGCCUGACCCGCGCUGUGAGGCCAGGCCUCCGAGAGGCGGGAAGCAGCCCGAGGAGAGGGCGUUGGCGGGCAGGCCUGAGACCUGCGGCCUAGGCGGUGACAAGCCUCCUGUCCCCUCCCCGGGCAGUCCGCUGUGCUCCGACUGCCACCCCGGUUCGCCCACUGAGUCACGGAGCACCAGUCCGGCAGACGCCCGCUGUCCUGCCCAGGAGGUACCGGCCCCUGACCCCAAGGCCUGCAAUUGGAAGAAGUACAAAUUCAUUGUCCUGAACUCCUUGAGUCAGCAGGAGGCCAAGGGCUCCUGUUCUCCGGAACCCCUGUAUAGUCGGAGUGGGAACCCCUCCCAGGGGGGCAGCAACAGCAGCAGCAGCGGCGAUGAGAGCUCCACCAACAUGGAGGAAGAAACCGAGGACAAAGACCUAACGUGCAAAAAACCAACCAAUCGGUUGUUGUCUCAGUCCCCAGCGUCACGCUCCUCCUCGGCCAGCUCCCUGUGUGAGCUCCACUCCGAACUCUCCCACCCCGGCGAGGAAAUGCCAGAAUACCACUCGGAAUACUCAGACAGCGGUUCGGAGAACAGCCUGUUCUCCUGCAGCACCUGUGACCUGAAGCUGUCGGACGAGGACUCUCUGCAGCAACACUUCCUCCGGGUGCACAGCGACGCGAAGCCUUACAAGUGUGACAUGUGUCAGGCUGCUUUUCGGUACAAGGGGAACCUGGCGAGUCACCAGACAGUCCAUACAGGGGAGAAGCCAUAUCGCUGUACAGUCUGUGGGGCACAGUUCAAUCGCCCAGCCAACCUGAAGACACACACUCGCAUCCACUCUGGGGAGAAGCCUUACAAGUGUGAGACGUGCGGAGCGCGGUUUGUGCAGGUAGCUCACCUCCGCGCCCACGUCCUGAUCCACACUGGAGAGAAGCCAUAUCCAUGUGAAACGUGCGGGACGCGUUUCCGACAUUUACAGACACUGAAGAGCCACAUACGGAUACACACUGGAGAGAAACCCUAUCAUUGUGAAAAGUGCGACCUGCAUUUCAGACACAAGAGCCAACUGCGGCUGCACCUGCGGCAGAAACACGGGGCGAUCACCAACACCAAGAUCCGCUACAAGAUAGUGCCAGAGCUAUAUGGGACUGGUCACCAAUCCUGCUAGAGUACUGUCACUCGGUCACACUAACCGCAGGGAUCCUCUGCCACUCUCUCUCUCCCUCUCUGUCUCUCUCUGAAUGACACCCGGAGGUGGGGGCACACUCACAAAGGGGACUGGGUGCUGCUCACCUUCCCCUGUGUAUAUGUCUGUGUGCAUCUCUCCAGAGCUGGGCAGGGAGA